GUCGGUUUUCUUUGGAUAGUAUUGAUAGUAUAUUGAAUCCGCUUACCGCCCCGGCCUGUUGAUUCUGCCGGGUGCUGCCGUCAUCGCCCACUGGCCAGCCUCAUCUCAUCAGUCACUUACUUUUCUCUCCUCCACCUGUUUGGUCUCCGAGGUGCUCAAAGCUCAUUACUAACCUACAAUCGAUCAAAAUGGAUGGUACUGGCUCCGUUGAGUCACAGUGGCUGACCCAGCUGGCAGCCAUGCGUCAGGCCAUCGCCGAUCUAAAGCUUCCAGCAGACCCCGCCAAGGAACCUGUUUACGGAAGUGACCUGGAGUUGGAUUUUGAUGAGGACUACUCAUCCCCCGGAACUAUAGACGACGACAUUUGGGAUAUUAUCAGCUCGGAUGAUGAGUCCAGUGGGGCCGAUGAUGACUUUGACGACCUCCCUUCCGCUCCAGUAACAUUCGCUUAUGACCAGAUAUGGCUCGAGCAGAAGUGCGCCAGCCUCGCCUCCGGUAAGUCUGGCAUGGAGGCACAUGACAUCGCGCAGCAGAUCACCGCUGCUCUGGCCACGGAUAGUGGAGAUAAUGAACUGCAGAUGUCGCUGGCUGAGAUAGUCGGCUUUGAGGAUCUGGAUUUCGUGAUCGACUUGAUCGCGCAUAGGUCGGAAAUCAUCGCGAAUGUCCAUGCUCACACACGCACCGAGGCCCAGACGGAUGGCCUGUUCUCGGGGAGAUUGCAGACAAGGGCCGAGCGCGAGCAAGCUCUGCGGCAGCAGGACUACGAGCACAAGAAUGCGCCAUUGUUGGAGGCCCAGACAAGGGCUGAACCGCACUACCCUCAUGUCUUCAAGAUGCACGAGUCCAGAAACGUUCUUUCCCUCGGAGGCAAACGGUAUGGGCUACCCAUGGGGAGUAAGCAGAUCGAAGAGAAGAAGUAUACCGAGAUCGAAGUCCCCGCGUCCAAGACCGGCGGUAUGAUGCCCGGUCAGAAGCUGGUGCCCAUCGCGUCCAUGGAUGGUCUAUGUCAAGGCACAUUCAGAGGGUACAAAACCCUGAAUCGCAUGCAGAGCCUGCUGUAUGAGGUAGCCUAUAGGACCAAUGAGAACAUGCUCAUUUGUGCACCCACUGGUGCUGGUAAAACAGACGCCGCCAUGCUAACGAUCCUGAAUGCGAUCGGCAAGAACACUAUUCCCAACCCCAUUGAGCAGCCAGACGCUACGGAAUUCGCAGUGCAGUUGGAGGACUUCAAGAUCAUCUAUGUCGCUCCAAUGAAGGCCCUGGCAGCGGAAGUCACUGAGAAGCUGGGGAAGAGACUCGCUUGGCUCAAUAUCAAAGUUCGUGAGUUGACGGGUGAUAUGCAGUUGACCAAGCGGGAGAUUGUGGAAACCCAGAUCAUCGUCACUACCCCUGAGAAAUGGGAUGUAGUCACUCGAAAGAGCACGGGAGAUACGGAGCUUGUACAGAAGGUGCGCCUGCUCAUUAUUGACGAGGUGCACAUGCUCCAUGAUGAGCGUGGUGCCGUCAUCGAAUCCUUGGUGGCACGUACCCAGCGUCAGGUCGAAAGUACGCAGUCUCUUAUUCGCAUUGUUGGCUUGUCGGCCACACUGCCAAACUAUAUCGAUGUCGCCGAUUUCCUUAAAGUUAAUAAGAUGGCGGGUCUGUUCUAUUUCGACGGAUCGUUCCGUCCCGUACCACUCGAGCAGCACUUCAUUGGCGUCAAAGGAAAGCCUGGGUCCAAGCAGUCGCGCGAGAACAUCGAUGUUGUGGCGUUUGAAAAGGUCCGCGACAUGCUCGAGAGAGGACACCAAGUCAUGGUGUUUGUCCAUUCACGGAAGGAUACUGUUAUGACUGCUCGGAUGCUCCGGCAAAUGGCCACCGAAGAUGGUUGCGAGAGUCUGUUCAGCUGUCAAGACGAGGAAGGAUACUCCAAUGGUUUGGCAGAUGUGAAACGCAGUCGUGCUCGUGAGCUGCGAGAACUUUUCGGCAGUGGACUCGGAACCCAUCAUGCUGGAAUGAGUCGGAGCGACCGUAACCUGAUGGAGCGACUGUUUUCCGAGGGGCUAAUCAAGGUCCUCUGUUGUACUGCGACACUGGCAUGGGGUGUCAACCUUCCCGCGGCCGCAGUUGUCAUUAAGGGAACUCAGCUCUACAAUCCGCAGGAGGGUAAAUUUGUCGACUUGGGCAUCCUUGAUGUGCUGCAGAUCUUUGGUCGUGCCGGUCGUCCUCAGUUCCAGGACACUGGUAUUGGUUUCAUCUGUACCACUCAUGAUAAGUUGAACCACUAUAUCUCGGCAGUAACGUCUCAGCAGCCGAUUGAAUCCAGGUUCUCUAGUCGACUGGUGGACAACCUGAAUGCGGAAAUCUCACUGGGCACGGUCACUUCGGUCGCAGAAGCCGUGCAAUGGCUGGGAUAUUCGUAUCUAUUUGUACGCAUGCUGCGCGAGCCUCGGAACUAUGGCAUUGACUGGGCCGAGAUUCGUGAUGACCCGAUGUUGGUCCAGAGACGGCGUCAACUCAUCAUUCAAGCAGCGCUGGUCCUUCAGAAGAGCCAGAUGAUCAUAUACAACGAGAAAACGGAAGACCUCAGGGCCAAGGACGUCGGCCGUAUCGCGAGUCAAUACUAUGUUCUACAAACCAGUAUUGAAAUCUUCAACAACAUGAUGCGACCACGUGCAACUGAAGCUGAUGUGCUGAGCAUGAUUAGCAUGAGCGGUGAGUUUGAUAACAUACAAGCGCGCGAAAGCGAGUCGAAAGAACUCAACAGACUACGAGACGAGGCCACCCAGACAGAAGUAGAGGGCGGCAACGACUCACCACAUGCAAAAACCAACAUUCUGCUUCAGUCGUACAUCUCCCGUGCUAGGAUUGAGGACUUUGCAUUGGUCUCGGAUACCGGCUAUGUGGCGCAAAAUGCCGCUCGUAUUUGUCGUGCUUUAUUUAUGAUAGCCUUGAAUCGACGCUGGGGCUACCAAUGCCAGGUCCUUUUGUCGAUGUGUAAAUCGAUUGAAAAGCAGAUGUGGCCCUUCGACCAUCCAUUCCAUCAGUUUGAUCUUCCUCAGCCAGUUCUCAGAAAUCUAGAUGAAAAGCUUCCAACGUCGGCGAUUGAGUCGUUGAGAGACAUGGAAACGGCAGAGAUUGGACAGCUGGUCCACAAUCACCGGAUGGGCAAGACACUGGCCAAGUUACUGGACAAUUUCCCUACCUUGGCCGUCGAAGCCGAGAUUGCCCCUCUGAACCGGGAUGUUUUGCGGAUCCGUCUUCUGCUCUACCCAGAAUUUAGCUGGAAUGACAGACAUCAUGGUGCGUCAGAAUCGUAUUGGAUCUGGGUUGAGAACUCGGAAACGUCUGAGAUUUAUCACCAUGAGUACUUCAUCCUGAGCCGGAAGAAGUUGAACGACGAACAUGAGCUGAACUUCACCAUCCCACUCUCAGAUCCUUUGCCCAGUCAGAUCUACGUUCGAGCAAUCUCGGACCGUUGGCUGGGUGCUGAGACAGUCACCCCGGUGUCGUUCCAGCAUCUGAUCCGUCCAGACACGGAGAGUGUGUAUACCGAUCUGCUCAAUCUCCAGCCGUUGCCCAUCUCUGCCUUGAAGAAUCCGAUCUUGGAGGAACUAUACGGACAACGCUUCCAGUUUUUCAAUCCCAUGCAGACUCAAAUUUUCCAUCUUCUAUACCAUACACCAGCCAAUGUACUCUUGGGCUCUCCGACAGGUAGUGGAAAGACUGUGGCCGCUGAGCUGGCUAUGUGGUGGGCUUUUAGAGAAAAGCCCGGCUCCAAGGUCGUGUACAUCGCGCCCAUGAAAGCCCUUGUGCGAGAGCGCGUCCAAGACUGGAAAAAGCGUCUGACAGCGCCAAUGGGUCUCAAAUUGGUCGAGCUGACCGGAGACAACACGCCUGACACUCGGACGAUUCGAGACGCGGAUAUCAUCAUCACUACUCCUGAGAAAUGGGACGGUAUCUCGCGUAGUUGGCAAACCCGAGACUAUGUGCGUAAAGUGAGCUUGGUGAUCAUCGAUGAGAUUCACUUGCUUGGUGGUGACCGAGGACCGAUUCUCGAGAUCAUCGUCUCCCGCAUGAACUACAUCGCUUCUCAAUCUAAAGGCUCUGUGCGCUUGAUGGGCAUGUCCACUGCUUGCGCAAACGCCAGCGACCUGGCGAACUGGCUAGGUGUCAAGGAAGGUUUGUACAAUUUCCGCCAUUCAGUGCGUCCUGUGCCGCUCGAGAUCUAUAUCGAUGGAUUUCCCGAGCAGCGCGGCUUCUGUCCCCUUAUGCAGUCGAUGAACAGACCAACAUUCCUGGCCAUUAAGAAUCAUUCCCCUGACAAGCCGGUUAUCGUGUUCGUUGCUUCGCGCCGACAAACCCGUCUUACCGCCAAAGACUUGAUCAAUUACUGUGGUAUGGAAGACAAUCCUCGGCGGUUUGUCCGUAUGUCGGAGGAAGACCUGCAGUUGAACCUUACUAGGGUCAAGGAUGACGCCUUACGAGAAGCCCUUAGCUUCGGAAUUGGUCUUCACCAUGCCGGUUUGGUGGAAUCCGACAGACAACUGGCCGAAGAGCUUUUCGCGAAUAACAAGAUUCAGAUACUGGUGGCGACAAGUACACUUGCAUGGGGUGUCAACCUUCCCGCCCAUUUAGUCGUCGUAAAAGGCACCCAAUUCUUCGAUGCUAAGAUAGAAGGCUAUCGGGACAUGGACUUGACCGAUGUCCUGCAAAUGUUAGGCCGUGCGGGACGUCCGCAGUUCGACAACUCUGGCAUUGCACGCAUCUUCACGCAGGACGCAAAGAAGGCCUUUUACAAGCACUUCCUGCACACUGGGUUCCCUGUCGAGUCGACUCUGCAUAAGGUCUUGGACAACCAUUUGGGCGCCGAGGUGUCUGCAGGAACCAUCACCACGAAGCAGGAUGCUCUCGACUAUCUGACAUGGACGUUCUUCUUCCGACGCCUUCACAAGAACCCAUCCUACUACGGCCUUGAGAUUUCGGCCGAAGAGCACAACACCAUGGCCGCGCAAUCUAUAGCGCAGGAAUUCAUGAUUGACCUGGUCGACCGAUCUCUCGGUGAGCUCGCCGAAUCAUCUUGUGUAGCCUUCGACUCGGCCACCGGCGAUGUUGACCCUACCCCCUUCGGCAAGAUCAUGAGUUACUACUACCUCUCACACAAGACUAUCCGUUUCCUGAUGUCGCAUGCCAAACCUAACCCGACCUUCCACGACGUCCUGAGUUGGAUGUGCUCCGCCAGUGAAUUCGACGAGCUUCCCGUGCGGCACAAUGAGGACUUGAUCAACGCCGAACUGGCGAACCACCUACCCUUGUCCGUUGACUCGAUGGGUGAUCUUCCCCUGUGGGACCCCCACGUCAAAGCUUUCCUCCUAUUGCAGGCGUACAUGUCGCGCAUCGAUCUUCCAAUCUCUGACUACGUCGGUGAUCAGACCUCCGUCCUGGACCAAGGCAUCCGUAUCAUUCAGGCCUCCAUCGACGUCAUGGCCGAACUGGGCUACCCCCACGCUUGCCAGAUGUUCAUGAGCCUCCUCCAGAGCAUUAAGUCCGCUCGCUGGCCCGAGGACUCGGCCCUGUCGAUACUGCCCGGCAUCGACGUCACCACCGCCCCGAAGGGCAGCAAGAACAGCAGCCUCCUUCCACCCUCUCUUGCCGCCCUUGCCGCGCUUCCCAACGACGCCAUCUCCUCACUCACGAGGAAACUCCCCCUCUCCUCAUCGCAGGCUCAAUUCGUCAAGGCCACAGGCUACCUCCCCAAUCUCGCAGUCUCCAUCUCCGCCAUCACCUCCCGCGGCAUCACAGUCUCCAUCGUACGGAAGAACGCCCCCUUGGACCGCGAAUGCCGCAUCUACGCCCCGCGCUUCCCCAAACCUCAGACGGAGGGAUACUUCCUGCUCAUCUACAACGCCAAGCCCGACGGCCAGGACGGCGAUCUCCUGGCUCUGAAACGUGUUUCAUGGCAGACCGGCCCGCGCGGAAAGAAGAACGGAGACAAGAACCACUACUACACUGGCCGUGGUGGCCCCACCUCUUCCCACAGUAGCGGCAGUGCCACCACCACCACCGCCAAGAAACCCAAUGAGCGGCCGCAGCAACAACAACUGUCAGUCCGCUCCUCGGUCAAAUUCCCCGACGCGGCAUCCUCGGCACCAGUCAUCGCGCGGGUCAAUGUGCGCGUGAUUAGUGAUUCGUAUCCAGGCAUGGAAUGGACAGUAACCGGCGUCGAGGUCCCGAGUGGUGGUGCUGCCGCGGGAGCUGAAACGCAGACUGUUUCGGAAUCUACUAUCCCUGACAAGGCUUGAACAGGAGAAGAACACUUUCUUGGUACCGUACAUGCAUAUUCGAUCUACGGGGUGGGAUGGCUUUGCUCGCGGAGUCAGGGGAAAGCUCCGUUGUUGAUACAGUAGAUUCCCAAGAAAAUAGAUCGAACUAGAUUUUCAUGUGCGUAUGUUCAAAGUUCAUUUGUUUCCG